CGAACUAGAGCAGCAGCAGAGCCGCCUCACCUGAACCUAUGAUACAUCGUCCCAUCUUUCUUGGCGUGCACAACGUCAUUUGAGAAUGUUUGGUGGUGGAACAGACCAAACACACAUCGAAGCAUAUCAUUCUUUACACACCUUUCCUCGUCCAGGUCGACCUCUCGCCCCGCUUCGUUCGAAGCACCUGUUCUAGCAGCGGAGCAACUACACACAGAGACAGACAGGCAUGGCGGAUUCGGUCCCCGCACCCCGCGGAAGAGCAAGUGUCUCACCGCACGACGAUCGCGACCACCAGCACCACGGAAACGGCAGUGCGCGCCAACCGAGCGACGACAACUACGAUUCCGAAGAAUACGAUCGGGACGACGACGUGGACGACGGCGAGGGCGAGAGCGAUGACUACUACUCCAUCCUCAAUGUUCCGCGAGAUGCUUCUCCGAACCAGAUCCGCACCGCGUAUCACUCGCUAUCGCGCCGUUUCCACCCGGACAAGCAACCGCCGGAUAUGCGCGACCGAGCCACGACGCACUUCAACCGCAUCCUGAUCGCCUACGAGACCCUGAUGAACCCCCACAAGCGUAUAAUAUACGACCAGUUCGGUGUCGAGGGGCUCAAGGAGCGGGCGUGGCAGCUGGGUGUCAGGCCGAUGAGUCCCGAGCAGUUCAAAUUCUGGCUGGAGGAGAAUAUGCGGAAGCAGAAGGCUGAGCAGCUGGAGGAGCUGGUGGCUUCUCACGGGAAGGUGGAGGCCACGGUUGAUGUCUCUGGCCUGUGGUUCUCGCAGGUCAUGCUGCAUCAGCAGAAGGAUGGGAGGUAUACUGCUGAGGAACUGCAGCCACCGGUUGGUGCGAUUACGCGGUACGUGGUUAAACAUUCCUUCAACAUCCCGUUGGAGGAGUUUGCUAGAAUCUUGGAGGCACCGCUUCCAACUUCGGUCAAGGGGUUGUGGGAAGGUGUGGAGAGACCUCGGCCAGCGAAACAUGAGACAGCACCCAGGCCGAAGCCGAUGCUGACGUUCGAUUGCGCGCUGGAUGGGGCACCGCCGCGGAAAGGAAGGAAAGCGAGCCCAAAUCAUCUACCGCAGUCCGUGUUUGCGUCGACAUCGUUUACUGCGACUCUGAUGCACAUGUUCCCCAACCUCCCACCCGACGCCCCUCGAUCCGUAGCUUCCCUGCUUGCUGGCAAUCAAUUUGCUAUCUCAGCGAGAGUUCUUCCGUCACCUGUGGUUACCGCUCAGGUUUCCCGCGCGUUCGGCCAGAAUGCUCUCACCACAUCGGCCACCUUUAUUGGAAUCCCACGCUGGGAGAAGGCUCCGAUCGUAGAAACCAAUUUCACGAGACGACUGGCGGUUCGUCACAGUGUCUUCGUGGGCGUCAACACUGGCGGAACCACGUGGCUCGCCAACUUCAGCGAGCUCUUCAGCCUACCGCGCUUCGGCUCUGUACGUAGUGGGUAUGCGUCGCUGGGGUACACCUUCCACCCCAUCUCCUCCGCUCUGGAAGAGGCAAGCGAAAACGCCGAAAGCGGCACAUCCAAGAUGCCCUCCUCGCGCGCUAGCCGCUCAAAGCGAACAGAAACCUACACGGCAUCCGUAACCGCUGGUCUGCUUGCCGCCGGAAUCCAAGCCAAGCUGUCCUGGGGUCGUACCUUCUUCGUGGGCACUCCCGUAACCUCUGCGAUUACCCCCGGCAAACCGCGCUCUCCCGUCGGGAUCCGUCUCGGCCUCGAGACCACCCUGCACGUCACCGGCGCAGCCCAAUACACUGUUAAGGCCUCGCGCAGGUUCUUCGAGAACACCACCUGCGGCGUCGCCGCAACCAUGGGCGGUUCCUCGGGCAAAGGCGGCGUGAUAAUCAGUCUCUCCUGGUCCCGCCUCGGCCAGCGCUUCUCCCUCCCCGUCAUCCUCGCGCCGAUCCCGGACAACAAAUUCAUGAUCUACGCCACGGCGCUUCCCUUCGCCGCCUACGUCGCGACCGAGCUCUUCUGGCUGCGCCCCCGCGAGCGAAAGCUGCGUGCCAAAGAAGUCGCCCGUCUCCGCAAAGCCCUGCAUUACAAAACCCGCCGCCGCAAGCGUGCCGCCGAAGAAGCCGCAGAAAUCAUGGCGCCCUCCGUGAAACGCAAGAUGGACGCCGAGCGGGAAACCGGCGGGCUGGUCAUCGUCAACGCCACAUACGGCGACGAAGCGACACGAGCAGACGUCACCAUCGCGCUCGCGGCACUGGUUGAGGGCGGACAACUCGUUCUGCCCAGGGGCGUCGAUAAGUCACGCAUCAUUGGAUUCUAUGACCCCGCCCCCGGCGCGGAGAAGGUCCUCGAUGUUACGUACCUCUGGCAUGGUGUCACGCAUUGUGUCACUGUUAGGGGCGCCCAGGGGUUGACCGCGCCGUUGAGGUCGCAUCAGGUUAAGGGGAAUUAGCCGGGGAUUGUAACGAUACUCUACUUUAUUUUACUUUACUUUACUUUGCGGCGUGUUGACUGACUAGAUCCGGUUUUGUUGCUGGUGUUGGGCUGGGCUUAUAUGCGGCUUUCUCGCGCUCUCUCUCUUCUCUUGUCUUGUCUUGUCUGGCCUUAUUUACAUGGAUGGAUGGAUCGGGAGAGUCUGUACUUUUACGUUACGUUACUGAGGAUGGGUACCUACCUGAUGUACCUAAAUACUUGACUGUUGGGGCGAGAUGUUGGAACAGUUAUGGUCAGUUUACACUCACUCAUACGAUCUCGUUCGCUUGAACUUUGAAAUGUACGAGGGCAAAAGUCCAGUCAUGCUGCUUGCGGAC